GGCGCCACCUGCAACCGCCGAUGCAAAACCCACCGCCCGGGGUCUACUAAUAAUAUAUCCCUCUGAUGCUGCUACAGUGGGGUGGUCUCCCGGCUUCUACCUAAAUACUGGCAUCAGCCUCCUUUCCCUCCUGUCCGUGGCAUCUUCUCUGUUUACAUCGCCUGCUGUCAUUCCUCUUGUUUCUUACUUUCCUUUCCUAUACCUAGACCACGUCCGUCUUCUACCUGUUAGAGGCAGGUGGUUCAAGCCCAUGCCACGGGCUGCCAGUCAGCCAACAUGUCCUCCAUAAUCAAUAUUCAACGUGAUGUUAUUUUAAAAACGAUCCGCUAUGCCGGAGGCGACAAGGUAGGCUUUCCCCGCUAGAGUGAUACCUCCGUUGGUGUUCAUGCUGAGCGUUCUACAAUCAUUGCACAGUGGAAAGUCGUGGUCGUGGAUGAUACGAGCCGGAAGUUGCUUUUCAAUUCCGUCAGCGAGGAUGAUAUUCUCAAUCUCAAUGUUACGAGUAAGCGCCUACGCAUGCGGCCCCCGGGUAGCGUCAACUGAACAAUCAUGAAAGAUGUCGAACAAAUCGAGCACAGGCGUACACCGAAUCCAGAUAUGGAUGCGUUAUACAUACUAUCCCCUCUUCCGCAUAUUGUGGACUGUCUAAUGGCCGACUUCGAGAGAAAGAGGUACAGAAUGUCGCAUUUGGUCUGGACAUCAUCCCUUAACUCGGAGCAGAGGACUAGGAUCGAAAGAUCCCCCUUGGCGCGCGAACGAAUUGCGAGUUUUCAAAUCAUGAACGUCGACUUCUAUCCGCGAGAAUCACAUGUGGUAACAUUUCGAGAUCCAUGGAGUUUUCCAAUCCUGUUUCACCCUGCCUGUAAUAAUUUAAUUCGAGGCCAUCUGCAAGAAAUUGCGCAGCGAGUUGUCUCCGUUUGCGCUAGUCUAGGAGAAUACCCUGUGAUUCGGUACUAUAAGCCCAGGAUGCCCACUCAUGAGGCGAGUGUACUGUGCUCUCAUCUUGCUCGCUUUAUCCAGGAUGAACUCGACCGUUUUGCGCAGUUCCAAAGAGACUUCCCUCCUCCGUCUAACAGGCCCCGUGGUGUUCUCGUAAUAGUUGAUCGUUCUAUGGACAUGAUCACUCCCUUACUCCAUGAGUUUACCUACCAGGCUUUGGCGCAUGAUCUGUUGCCUUUACAGGAGGGUGAUAAGAUCACGUACAAGACGGUUAUCAACGAGGGUGCCCAAAAUGAGGAAACGAAAGAAAUGGAAAUUAGCGAAAAGGACAAAGUAUGGGUUGACUACAGGCAUGUCCACAUGAAAGAUGUGCUCGAGAGACUGGGGGAAGAUUUUGCCAAGUUCAGAGCUGCGAACGCUCAGUUUGACGAGAAGGAUAAAGCCAGUGUGGACACAAUCAGGCAGAUGCUCGCUGGCCUGUCGGAUUUCCAGGAGGGAAAGAAUAUCUACACGCUCCAUCUCAACAUGGCACACGAGUGCAUGAAAUAUUUCCAAGAUCAUAAACUACUGGAGGUCAGCUCAGUCGAACAAUGUCUUGCUACUGGCCUUGAUGAGAACUAUAAGAAGGCAAAGAAUCUGGCGGAGCAGCUUGUUCAACUGCUCGAUGAUGACUCGAUUGGGCAUCCAGAACGGCUGAGACUCCUUCUACUCUAUCUCAUAUACCGAAGAGGAUUACUUCCCGGGGAUAUCAAGAAGCUCAUGGCCCACGGCAAUCUUCCUUCACAGGAUGGUGAAGUCAUUUACAACCUCGAUUUAUUAGGCGUUAGGGUAGAGAAACAUUUGAAGGAAGAAAAACGUCCCGCCGUUCAGCCCUUAUUCAAUCGAAAGCCACCGCCUGCCACGGAACCAAAUGAGAUUGUUUUAUCCCGGUAUGAGCCGAAUGUGAAAUUGAUGCUUGAAGAGCUACUUCGCGGAACUCUGGACUCCACUGCAUUCCCUUUCACCCGUCCUCAAACUGAACCGGAAAGUUCAAUGCCGCAGAAUAGUCUCUCUCAGUCGUCUCUCAGAAGCGCGAAGCCGACAUGGGCCCGAACACGCUCCAACGGGGAACAGCCGAAGCAACGUAUAAUUGUCUUCAUGGCUGGCGGUGCAACUUACUCUGAAGCCCGCGCUUGUUAUGAAAUUUCCCAAGCAUUCGCUAGAGAUGUUUAUCUCGCCACAUCUCAUAUGCUGACACCCGGUAUGUUCCUGCGGCAGGUCGGGGAUCUCAGUGCCGAUAAACGGCAACUAGAUAUCCCAGCAGAGCGACCUAAGCCACAGGCACCCGCGCAUCUCUUCGAGGCGGACCCUCCACCGGCACCAAAAACUUCGCCGGCCCCAGCCCCAGCAAAGCCUUCCCGACAUGCCGCUCCUACGGCAGCCAUGGGAGCGAUGUCUUUAGGUUCGAACGGAUCAUCGGACAAGCACCAUAAGAAAGAUAAGGAUAAAAAAGACAAGGACAAGGAAAAGGAUAAGGACAAGAAAGAUAAAGACAAGAAAGACAAGAAACGCCACCACUUUUUCAUCAGGUAACUGUAUGAGCCAUGGCGUCCCCUUUCAACAUUUUUUUUUUUUCAACUGCAUGUCGCUCUUUUGGCGUUUAUAGCACUGUCUUUGAUACCAUCUUUUUUGAAUGGGUUGACUGCAACGGCGCUCACUGAGUAUGGUUGAUUUAUCUGUCCAUCUGUCUCUCCAUGGUUGCAUUGGCAUGUAUUUUAAUAAACCUCCCUAAUUUCUUAAGGCAGUGCAGUAUUGAGUAUGCGGCCCCCGCUAUCAAGGAACUCCCUCAUGUAUAUUUUGAACCCGUAUUAAUAUGGAAACAAUGAUUCUAUGGCGGGGGUAUCUCAUAACUUCCGAUUAAGUCCCAAAGGGGACAGCAAUGUCAUCUAUAGCUUCAGGGAUCAAUGAUGAUAUGAUACAAUGUCUCUGAUGAAGCGCCCAGUCAUGAAAGACCAAGGUGCUUCUGGACAUCAUCACUCCGAAAAAACAGCUCCCUUAACUUCUCGUUCUUCUUUUUGGCCUCCGCAUGACUCUUCCGAACUUGCUUCGCAUUAAGCUUCUCGACCUUUGUCGGCUUUGGCGGCUCUUUGUUCCUACUUCGCUUCGAGACCGGGCCUUCAUCUGCAUCCUCAUCUAUAUUUACUCCCAGACCGAUAGUAUCAUGCUUUACUCUCGGUUUUACCGGUUCUCGUAUCCCCUCUCGCCCCGGAGCGCCGAGACCGAGUCUGCUAUCUGGAUCCCAUCCGUAAGCAGACAGGUAGCGGAGGCCGUGACGGGUUCGGUCCAGAUGCGAGGGCGGGUGAGAAUGGGCAAGGCAGAGCUGGUGCGCAAGUGACGCUUCAUGAGGACGGUGGGAACCCAUUGUGUUUGAGUCGGAGGUCAAGGGGAGGUUGCAGAUCUCGCAGCGUUGUAAUAGUUGCGGAGUUGUCAUCGAAGAGGGGGACGGUGGUGCCGGGUGGACUUGUUCAUUCUGUUCUUGCUUUUGUUCUAGUUUCGGUUGAUCUUUAGGCAGGACGAUUGAUAAAUAUCUAUUAGCUAUAUUCACACCAGCUGAUGCAGCAGUUGUCGAUGUAGGUUGAGCAUUAGCGGUGACUGUGGUGUUCAGUUCAUGUUCUGAUGACCGAACGAAAGGGACGCGUUUUCGUCGAAUGCCUGCGCCAAAGACGCGCUGGUCCUCUAGCGGGACGAAAUAGUCUUCGUCUGUGUAAGGCAUGCUUGGAUUCAGCUUUGGCCAAAGCUGACGGAGUGUAGGAGGGAAGAACGAACAGCAAGAAGGCAACAUUAGCUCUUGCUGUGGCGGCGGG